UCGAUAAUUGAAGCUUUUAUCUUUUUCGAUCCUCCUCUAACUUUAUUGUUUUCUCUUCUUCUUAGUUAUGAUUAUAAUUUUUCUAGUCUUCUGUUGAAUGAUUGAAUCCUUUAAGUUUAUAAAUGAAAUCUAUUUUCCGCCUAAAAAUUGUUGGCAAGGUGUUGAUAGCAGGGAGAUCAUGAGUCUGGAUGAGAUUAUAGGAGAGAAUAUAAUCAGGAAAAAAAGUGAUAUUCAUAUCACUUCUGCAGCUGCUCAAAUGCUAAUGAUGAGUCGACAGAACAAUUCAUUUGGUCAACUCCCUGGGAUGACGACUUUGAACACAAUCACACCUUGUGCUGCAUGUAAGCUCUUGAGAAGAAGAUGUGCUGAAGAAUGCCCUUUCUCUCCCUAUUUCUCCCCACAUGAACCCCACAAAUUUUCAGCUGUUCAUAAAGUCUUUGGUGCAAGCAAUGUCUCCAAGUUGCUAAUGGAGGUGUCAGAGAAUCAAAGAGCUGAUGCUGCAAAUAGUCUGGUUUAUGAAGCAAACUUGAGAUUGAGAGACCCUGUUUACGGAUGCAUGGGUGUAAUUUUAGACUUGCAGCAAAAACAUCAAUAUUUACAAAGGGAACUUCAUGCUGUCAGGGCUGAAAUAUUAAGGUACAAAUAUAAAGAAGCAGCUAGUCAGAUCCUUUCUUCAAGAGAUCAUAUUCAUUCUCAUCAUGCUGCUUCUGCUACUGCUGCCUUAGUAUCUUCUGGGAUGGUGUCUAUUGGUGCACCUCCCCAGUCAAGUUCAACAUCACCACCGGCUGCUACUCCAUCUUCUGUUAUCUUUUCUUCAUCCUCUUCAACUACAACUUCAACUUCUUCUCUAUAUACACCGUCGACAAACACAACGGGUUACAGUUCCUUGUCAAUCGACAAUAUCCCCUUCUUUGAUUAGAAUGCAUGUUGGACUCGCUAACCAAUUUUUGUUUGUUAGUUUUCCCUUGAUUCAAUAAUAGUUAUGUUUCAUAAACUAGAAUAUGGGAGUUGAAAUACUUUCCCGUUCGAAAUUAGAAAUAGGAAAAUAUUUUAGCGCUAUAAUAUGAUGUCAGAUCUGGCGCCGCAAUCUCACGUGGCA